AUGGCCAAUCCACCCCACGGAGGAGUCCUCAAGGAUCUCCUGGCUCGAGAUGCCCCUCGCCAUGCCGAGCUUGAGGCUGAGGCCGAGAAACUGCCUGCGGUCGUCCUCACCGAGCGCCAGUUGUGUGAUCUGGAACUCAUUAUGAAUGGCGGUUUCUCCCCGCUGGAGGGAUUCAUGAACGAGAAGGACUACAAUGGGGUCGUUGAGAACCUGAGACUCGCGAGUGGGGCUCUCUUCAGCAUGCCCAUCUGCCUGGAUGUCGGAGCCCAGGUGAUUGAACGUCUCAAGAUCAAGGCAGGGUCCCGGAUCACGCUGCGAGACUUUCGAGACGACCGCAACCUUGCUAUCCUCACCGUGGAUGACAUCUACAGGCCAGACAAGAAAAAGGAGGCCCAAGAAGUCUUUGGGGGAGAUCCAGAACACCCAGCCAUCAAGUACUUGAUGCAGGCGACCAAAGAAUUCUACAUUGGCGGCAAGAUCGAGGCGGUGAACAAGCUCAGUCACUACGACUAUGUGGCGCUCCGCUACACACCUUCGGAACUUAGGGUGCACUUUGAGAAGCUCGGGUGGACUCGCGUGGUGGCCUUCCAGACUCGAAACCCCAUGCACAGGGCGCAUCGUGAGUUGACUGUCCGCGCCGCUCGCGCACGUCAAGCCAAUGUGCUCAUCCACCCGGUUGUGGGUCUGACCAAGCCUGGUGACAUCGACCACUUCACCCGUGUCCGUGUCUAUGAAGCCCUUAUGCCCAGAUAUCCGAACGGUAUGGCUGUUCUUGGCUUGCUAGGGCUGGCAAUGAGAAUGGGAGGGCCUCGCGAGGCGAUUUGGCAUGCCAUUAUCCGAAAGAACCACGGUGCUACCCACUUCAUCAUCGGCCGAGACCACGCAGGUCCUGGCAAGAACAGCUCCGGGAAGGAUUUCUAUGGGCCCUAUGACGCCCAGCAUGCGGUUGAGAAGUAUCGAGCCGAGUUGGGCAUUGAGGUCGUGGAGUUUCAAAUGAUGACCUAUCUACCGGAUACAGACGAAUACCGACCCAAGGAUCAAGUCCCCGAAGGCAUCAAGACUUUGGACAUCUCUGGUACCGAGCUGCGCAGACGUCUGAGAGUUGGGGCACCCAUCCCAGAAUGGUUCUCCUACCCCGAAGUUGUGAAAGUGCUUAGAGAGUCGAACCCCCCUCGCGCAAAACAAGGCUUCACCGUGUUCCUGACUGGCUACCAAAAUUCUGGCAAGGACGCCAUCGCACGAGCCUUGCAGGUCACCUUCAACGAACAAGGCGGUCGUCCCGUCACCCUUCUUCUGGGCGAGACUGUCCGUCACGAGUUGUCUUCUGAACUGGGCUUCACAAAGGAGGACCGCGACACUAACAUUGCGCGUAUCGCCUUUGUUGCCGCAGAACUGACCAAGGCGGGCGCUGCUGUGAUCGCUGCACCGAUUGCACCAUUCGAAGAGGCCCGUCAGGAGGCCCGGGAUACCAUCCAGCAAUAUGGUAGCUUCUUCUUAGUCCAUGUUGCUACUAGUCUCGAGUACUGUGAGAAGACAGACAAGCGUGGCGUCUAUGCGCGAGCUAGGAGGAACUCAAUCAGGAACUUUACUGGUAUCAACGAUCCAUAUGAGAAGCCCACUGGCGCCGACUUGACUGUGGACUGCGAGAAGCAGUCUGUCAGGAGUAUUGUCCACGAGAUUGUGUUGAUGCUGGAGAGCCAGGGCUUCUUGGGUAACGUGUAA